AUGUAUAGGAUGAAUUGGAGGUCUAUUUCAUUCCAACUCUUCGUCCUUCUACUUCCCAUUAUUCAUGGGUUGGCUUCAGUUUAUGCAGCGGUACUCUCUCAGGAGUACAAUUCAGACACAAUGAGGCUUGAAUUAAUACACAGGCACUCCCCUCAGGUCAUGGGGAGGCCCAAAACUCAACUGCAGCGCCUUAAAGAGCUUGUUCACAGCGACAGUGUUCGCCAGCUUAUGAUUUUACAUAAACUACGGGGCGGACAAAUCCCGAGGAGAAAGGCUAAGGAAGUGUUGAGCAGCAGCAGCGGUAGAGGCAGCGAUGAUGCUAUUGAAGUGCCUAUGCACCCUGCUGCAGACUACGGUAUCGGUCAGUACUCUGUGGCAUUUAAAGUAGGAACCCCAUCCCAGAAAUUCAUGCUGGUUGCUGAUACUGGGAGUGACUUGACUUGGAUGAGUUGCAAAUACCAUUGUAGGAGUCGCAAUUGUUCCAACCGAAAAGCCAGGAGAAUCCGUCAUAAGAGGGUGUUUCAUGCCAAUCUCUCUUCUUCCUUCAAGACAAUUCCAUGCUUGACAGAUAUGUGUAAGAUUGAGCUCAUGGAUCUCUUCUCUCUCACUAACUGCCCCACCCCCCUCACCCCCUGUGGCUAUGAUUACAGGUACUCAGAUGGGUCAACGGCAUUAGGCUUCUUUGCCAAUGAGACAGUAACAGUAGAGUUAAAAGAGGGUAGGAAGAUGAAACUACAUAAUGUACUGAUAGGGUGCAGUGAAUCUUUCCAAGGCCAAAGCUUCCAAGCAGCUGAUGGUGUCAUGGGGUUAGGCUACAGCAAGUACUCCUUUGCAAUAAAGGCUGCUGAAAAGUUUGGUGGCAAGUUCUCGUACUGCCUGGUUGAUCACUUAAGCCACAAGAAUGUUUCAAAUUAUCUCACCUUUGGCAGCAGUAGAAGCAAAGAAGCAUUGUUAAACAACAUGACAUAUACUGAACUCGUUUUAGGAAUGGUUAAUUCAUUCUAUGCUGUAAAUAUGAUGGGCAUCUCCAUUGGUGGUGCCAUGUUAAAAAUCCCAUCUGAAGUAUGGGAUGUAAAGGGGGCUGGUGGAACCAUACUUGACUCAGGUUCCAGCCUAACAUUCCUGACAGAGCCAGCAUACCAGCCUGUCAUGGCUGCAUUGAGGGUGUCCUUGCUCAAGUUUAGAAAAGUGGAAAUGGACAUCGGACCAUUAGAGUAUUGCUUCAAUUCCACAGGAUUUGAGGAGUCCUUGGUGCCAAGAUUAGUGUUCCAUUUUGCAGAUGGAGCUGAGUUUGAGCCACCAGUGAAGAGCUAUGUCAUCAGUGCGGCUGAUGGAGUAAGGUGUCUGGGGUUCGUAUCUGUAGCUUGGCCUGGGACCUCUGUGGUUGGCAACAUUAUGCAACAAAACCAUUUGUGGGAGUUUGACUUAGGCCUAAAGAAGCUGGGUUUUGCUCCCUCCAGCUGCACCUGAAUUUAUUUUUAUCUUUUUUAAAAGUUUGGAGAAAGUAAUCACCCACCGUCAUUGUUAAUUCUUGUAACUUUCCUUCUUUUCCUUUUCUCAUAUAUGUUUAAUAUCUUGUGUAUCCCGCUAUUUGUUCCAAUUUUCUUGUAAUAUUAUAACAAUCUCUAGCUCUAUUGAAUCAGCUCACUGCUUCCUGGUUGGUUUUAAGA